AUGGUAAGUUAUCGUGUUGAAAUUAUAUUUUUACUUUUAUUUUUUCAGAAUCCCCAAACAAGACGAACUGCGGGAAAACAGGAGCACCCUCGCCCCCUGAGUGAGCUCGGGGGGCCUCUGGAAUUAAAAGGGUGCUCUGUCCAAGUCCUAAAUGAGCUCAAUUGCGCUUGGAUCAAUCCUAGAGCAAUUCGGACCGGAAUGGAGGUAUGCUUACUUUUCGUUUUUUAUUUUCUUGUCAAUGAGAUCUCACUAGAUUGGUGUAUAUCAUCUCCAACUUUUUUAGAAUUACGCCAAAAUGGUCUCCAUUUUGGCCUGCUCGACUUUGAUGAUGAGCCCACGAGCAGGAAAUGAAGUAAAAGUUUUCUACUAUAACUUCAAAGCUCUUUUACUAUGA